AUGGCAACAGCAAAUAAAGUUUUAGUAUGUGAGGAUUACUUUUAUUGUAGUAUAUGUUUGGAGAUAUUUAACACACCCAGAACAUUACCAUGUUUACAUACAUUCUGUCACUCAUGUUUAGUUGGAUAUAUUCAAAAGAUUUUAGAUAAACCUGGCAAGAAAACGUUGUUUUGUCCUGUUUGUAGGUCAGAUACGAAAACUGAUAAUGUUCAGUUUAAACAUGUUGAAAAGUGGGUGGAGAGUUUACCAAUAAACUUUACUCUACUUUCGAUUUUAAAUGAGAGAAAUUCGACGAUGAAUCCUAAGGAGAACAAUUGCGAUCCCUGUUUAAGAGAGGAAAUUAAAGUCAAGGCUAUUAUCUACUGCUAUGAUUGUUCAGAAAAGCUGUGCGAAGAAUGUAAAAGACACCAUAGGAAAAGUAAACUAUCAUCAAAUCAUAAAUUAAUUGACGUUAAAGACGGUUGUGUGGAAAAAAUGGAUUUGUCUGAAAUCGAAUAUUUCUCAAACCUUUCAAAAUGUCCAAAGCAUGGUUCUGAGGAUGUGAAGUACCUCUGCAAAGAUCAUGAUCAACUCUGUUGCAGUGAAUGUGCAACAGUUACACAUAGAAAGUGUGAAGAUUUGGUCUCACUUGCUGAUGAAGUGAAAGGCAACGAAGAAGAAAAUAAUAGUGAAUCUGACAUACAAAAGAGACUUGAGGUUGUUGGUGAUUACACUGGCAAAUUGAUUGAACACGAGACAAAGUUCAUCUCGGAUCUGAAUACAAAAGAAACCAAAGUCAAGAGCUGUCUGAAGGAUUUUAAAGCAAACUUAGACGACGCCUACAACAAACUUGAGAAGAGAAUCCUGUCAGAAAUGUCAACAAGAAAAUUGGCAUUAACAAAAGCCAGUUCUUUACAGAAAGAGUCUGCAGAAAGGCUGAAAGAUGAUAUUAGGCAAUCAGCUGGAAAGCUGAAGAAAGCAUCUGAGUUGGGAACAGCGAGGCACAUUUUCCUGCUUAAAAGAGAAAUGGGGAAAGAUCUCAAAGUAUAUGAGGAAACAUAUACAGGACUUAAGCAGCAAUCAAGCAAAACUUUACUCACUAUAGCUGAGGCUAGUCCACUACAAGAAGCUGUUAAAACCGUUCAUGACCUCUUCAAAGUAGAAGAAACGAUGACAGAAUCACUCCCACCUUUCAUGAUGAGAGGAAGAGAUUUUAAAAAUAGAAAAAUGACUUUACUGAAAGAACUUGAUCUACAAAUGAAUAAUCAGCCUCAAUAUUGUCUAUGGAUGGACAAUUCUAUCGUAGUAGCUUUUUCUUGUAGUGAGACAAUAAUCGCAUUUAAUUCUGAAAAUGGUUCAAUUUUAGCAUCUUACAAAUGUUCUUCUUCACCAUCGGGUUUUACAACUUUAGAAAACGGUGAAUUUGCUGUUGCCUUGCCAACGUCGAACAAAAUUGAUAUACUGAAGAUUCACAAGAAUCAGAUGUCGUACGUAAGACUGUUGGUGAACUGGAAGUCAGACAUAAUCGCAUACAGCAGACGGAACAAACAGUUGUUGGCAAUGUCAAGAUCAGUGGGGAUGAUAAGAAAAUUUACUCUUGAAGGUAGAAAUGCUGGAGAAAUUAAAUUAAGCAGUGUACGUAGUAAUGACAUAGGGAACACCUAUAACAUUUACUUUGAUAACGAAUACAGUCGCAUCUAUAUUUCAUCACAUGUUUCUUGUCGACUACAUUGCGUCGAUGCGUCUGGAAAAUCAGUGUUUCAGUAUAAAAUCCAGUAUCCAUGGUCAGUUAUAACAGACACUCAAGGGAAUGUAUAUGUUGCAAAGUAUAAUAAUAAUGGUAUCGAACAACUUAAUCGUGAGGGACAAUUGCUGCGGGAGAUUAUAUCAGCGGAUAAUGUCCACCGUCCGAUGGCUAUGGCAUUCAAUAACCAAAUGAACAGAAUGGCUAUAACAUGUAAUAGUUCGCACAAAAGCAUGCAGAUAUAUCAGUUUGAAUAGAACUUGAUGCUGUGAACCUUGUUUAACAGGAAUAAACUGGAAUAAAAGCUAUUGUCUGCUAGUAGGACUGUUCACAAAACAUGAUUGUUUUUUAUGAAUACGUAUGUAAUGUUGAAACUUAUACUGAUCAUGGAAGCAUUUAACAAUGUCAAGGUCGUACAAGAUGAUAUUUAAAGUUAACGGAAAGAUUAAGACUUGCGACAAGUUCUGACACAGUGCAAUGACUGGACUUGGACAUCACUAUUUCAAUGCUUUUACAAGUUUCAACUGCCCUUGGUCAGCUAUAGGUCACUGCGUUUCUUUGCCGAUAUUUCGAUAGAUAUGUCAUUUACUGAUUAGUCAUAACUUGUGUCUUGCAGAAAAUAAUUGAAAUUGAGAGAAUUGAAGAGGACAACUUUCUUAAGAAUUGCUUGUGUUUCUUAUCUGCCUAAAGCAUAAACGAUGAACUGCUGAAGUUAUUGAAGGUAACUUGUCGCUUACAUGAUCGUUCUUGCUGAGUAGCAGAUUUUACUUAACUGCGUUUUAACAGUUUGAUAUGUAUAGCAAUAUGUGUGUAACCUA